AUGCCGGGAAUUGACGGACGUGUGAUAGAGCAUAGUCUUAAUAUCAACCCAAUGAAGAAGCUCGUCCAAAAAAAGAGACGAGUAUUCGCCCCAAAGCGAAACAAAGCAGUUAUGGAAGAGGUAGAAAAGCUCUUGACUUUAGGAUUUAUUCAAGAGGUUUACUACCCCGAAUGGCUUGCCAAUGUUGUCAUGGUAAAAAAGUCCAAUGGAAAGUGGAGAAUGUGUGUGGACUUCACAGACUUAAAUAAUGCAUGCCCUAAAGACAGUUUUCCCCUUCCCAGAAUUGACCAGCUCGUUGAUUCAACAGCUAUCCAUGAAUUGCUAACCUUCAUGGAUGCUUUUUCAGACCCAGAUCAGGAAGCAAAGUACUGGAUGAUCUAUGCAGAUGGCUCGUUUGUCGCAAUACUUGGAGGCUUCAGUGUAAUUAUGACAUUGCCUGAGAAGGAUGUCAUUAAGUAUGGAGUUCAACUCCAAUUUCCAGCGAUGAACAACGAAAUGGAGUACGAAGAAAUCCUUACUAACAUGAGAAUUGCAAAAGCCCUAGAGAUAAAAAAUUUGAAGCUAAGAACCGAUUCUAAGUUGAUUGUUGGGAAAAUAACCAAUGAGUACAAAAAAAGAAGAAGAAAGAAUGAAGAGGUACCUUAA